AUGUGGCCCAAUAUUAGUGUGGUCCCCUUUCUGUUGACUGGCUUCCCAGGUCUAGAGGCAGCUCAUCACUGGAUCUCCAUCCCUUUCUUCGUAGUCUACUUCUCUGUGCUUCCCGGCAAUGGCACACUCCUUUACCUCAUUAAAGAUGACCACAGUCUCCAUGAACCCAUGUACUAUUUCCUGGCCAUGCUGGCAGGCACAGACCUAAUGGUGACACUGACCACCAUGCCUACUGUCAUGGGUGUAUUAUGGAUGAAUUACAGGAAGAUAAGUCAUGGGGCCUGCUUCUUGCAGGCCUACUUCAUCCAUUCCCUUUCCAUUGUAGAGUCAGGUAUCUUGCUUGCCAUGGCCUAUGACCGUUUCCUUGCGAUCUGUAAUCCCUUGAGAUAUACAUCCAUUCUCACCAAUACUCUGCUGAUAAAAUUAGGGGUGGGAGUAUUUAUGAGGGGUUUUGUAUCCAUCGUGCCUGUAAUCAUUCGUCUUUUUUCAUUUCCGUAUUGUCACUCUCAUGUUCUCUCCCAUGCUUUCUGUCUUCACCAAGAGGUCAUGAAACUAGCUUGUGCUGAUAUAACCUUCAAUAGACUCUAUCCUGUAAUUCUGGUCUCUUUAACAGUCUUCCUAGACUCUCUGAUAAUUCUUUUUUCCUAUAUCCUAAUUCUUAAGACUGUCAUGGGAAUUGCGUCUGGUGAAGAGAGAGCAAAAGCCCUCAACACUUGUAUCUCCCACGUCAGUUGUGUUCUCAUCUUCUAUGUUACUGUAAUCGGUCUGUCAUUCAUUCACCGGUUUGGAAAGAAUGUGCCACAGGUGGUUCAUGUUAUCAUGAGCUAUGUCUACUUCCUCUUCCCUCCUUUAAUGAAUCCUAUUAUCUAUAGCAUCAAGACCAAACAAAUUCAACAUGGCAUUCUUCGCCUUUUGUCUAAACACAGAUUUGGAAGUUAA